AUGAAUGAAAGUUUUGCAGAGGAUUUCAUUCUCAUGGGCUUUACCAAAUAUCCAUGGUUGGAUGUUCCUCUCUUCUUUGCCCUCCUGACCUCCUACAUGUUCACGCUAUUGGGAAACAUUGCUAUUAUUCUGGUUUCCCAACUAGAUUCCCAACUCCAAAGUCCUAUGUAUUUCUUCCUCACAAGCCUCUCCUUUCUGGACCUCUGUUUCACCACCACGACUGUACCCCAAAUGUUGUUCAACUUAGGUGGACCCAACAAGAACAUCACUUAUAUAGGCUGCAUGACCCAGGCCUAUGUAUUUCACUGGCUAGGCUGUACUGAAUGUGUCCUGCUUGGCACCAUGGCCUUAGACCGCUAUGUGGCUGUGUGUAAGCCUCUGAGAUACCCUGUAAUCAUGAACCACAAGCUCUGCCAACAGCUCUCCAGCACUGCUUGGCUCAUUGGUCUGGCCAAUUCACUACUGCAGUCCACACUCACAGUCCAGCUGCCCCUGUGUGGGAACCAAGAACUGGACCACUUCUUUUGUGAACUGCCUGGUCUAAUUAAGAUGGCUUGUGUGGACACCACAGUCAACGAACUUACUUUAGCGGUGGUGGCCGCCUUCCUGAUAAUGGGUCCGCUCUCUAUGAUUCUUGUCUCUUACAGUUAUAUUGCACAAGCUGUAUUUCAAAUCCCUUCUGCUGAUGGGAGACUUAAGGCCUUCAACACUUGUUCUUCGCACUUAUUAGUGGUGUCUUUAUUUUAUGGCCCUGGCAUCUACAUCUAUAUGCAGCCUUCAGGGGACAGCCCGCAAGACCUUAUCAAAGUUCUGACGCUGUUUUACUGUGUUAUUACUCCCAUGGCCAACCCAUUCAUCUACACCUUGAGGAACAAGGAUGUUAAAGGAGCUUUGAGGAGACUUCUGAGGAGGGCCAUUUUGUCCAAGAGAAUAUGA